CCCAAGAACUACCAAAACCCACAAUGAAUCAAUGCUGAUUGAGAGUCUUUUUAAAUCUCUUGGACAUUUGGCCAGCCACGGUCAUUUGCACGACGCUUUCAAAACGUUUUCUCUUCUUCGUCUUCAAUCUUCUUCUUCUUCUGCAGUUUCAGGUGACGUUGUUUUGCAUAGCGCGGCUUCCCUUUUAUCCGCGUGUGUUGAUGUUCGUGCAUUUGUGCCGGGGCUGCAAGUUCACGCUCACUGUAUUUCGUCGGGUGUGGAGUAUCACUCUGCUUUAGUCCCAAAGCUGGUUACUUUUUACUCUGCUUUUAAUCUCCACAGUGAAGCUCAAUCGAUUAAUGAGAACUCAGAUAUUUUGCAUCCCUUGCCUUGGAAUGUGCUCAUUGCUUCGUAUGCCAAGAACGAGCUUUUUGAGGAGGUUGUUGCUGCUUACAAGAGAAUGGUGAGCAAGGGAAUUCGACCCGAUGCCUUCACUUAUCCGUCUGUUCUCAAGGCCUGUGGUGAAACACUUGACGUUGCCUCUGGAAGGGUGGUUCAUGGUUCCAUCGAGGUUAGCUCUUACAAGUGCAGCUUGUAUGUUUGCAAUGCAUUGAUCUCUAUGUAUAAAAGGUUUGGAAAUGUGGGUAUUGCUCGGAGGUUGUUUGAUCGAAUGUCUGAAAGGGAUGCUGUUUCAUGGAAUGCAGUUAUAAACUGUUAUGCCUCGGUAGGCAUGUGGAGUGAAGCGUUUGUGCUUUUUGAUAAAAUGAGGUUCUCAGGUGUUGAAUUCAGUGUCAUAACUUGGAAUAUUAUUUCUGGAGGUUAUUUGCAUACAGGAAACUAUGUAGGAGCUUUGGGUUUGAUCUCUAGGAUGAGAAAUUUCCCCACGAGUUUAGAUCCUGUGGCUAUGAUUAUUGGUUUGAAGGCUUGCUCACUCAUAGGAGCAAUACGAUUGGGAAAAGAGAUUCACGGUCUUGCUAUUCACAGUUCUUACGAUGGGAUUGACAAUGUUCGAAACACGUUGAUCACAAUGUACUCAAAAUGCAAUGACCUUAGUAACGCCUUUACAGUGUUUCAACAGACUGAGGAAAAUAGUUUGUGUACUUGGAACUCUAUUAUUUCCGGUUAUGCGCAAGUGAACAAAUCAGAAGAAGCCUCGUACCUGCUGAGGGAGAUGUUGCUUGCUGGCUUUCAGCCAAAUUUCAUUACACUUGCAAGCAUUCUCCCUCUUUGUGCCCGGAUUGCAAACCUGCAACAUGGAAAAGAGUUUCAUUGCUACAUCCUGAGGCGCAAGUGCUUCAAGGACUAUACAAUGCUGUGGAACUCCCUUGUCGAUGUUUAUGCAAAAUCGGGAAAAAUUGUAGCUGCAAAGCAAGUAUCUAAUUUGAUGAGUGAAAGAGACGAAGUAACAUACACUUCCUUGAUAGAUGGAUACGGAAAUCAGGGUGAAGGGCGAGUUGCCUUGGCCCUGUUCGACAAGAUGAUAAGAUCUGGUAUUAAACCUGACCAUGUAACCAUGGUUGCAGUUCUAUCAGCCUGCAGUCAUUCCAAGUUAGUCCAUGAAGGCGAAAGGCUAUUUAUGGAGAUGCAGUGUGAGUAUGGUAUACAGCCUUGUCUUCAACACUUUUCUUGUAUGGUUGAUCUCUAUGGCAGAGCGGGUUUCCUAGCGAAAGCCAAAGACAUAAUUCACAGAAUGCCAUAUGAAUCAUCUGGUGCCACAUGGGCUACUCUACUGAACGCUUGUCACAUCCAUGGGAACACAGAGAUAGGUAAAUGGGCAGCAGAAAAGCUCCUGGAGAUGAAGCCAGAGAACCCGGGAUACUAUGUAUUGAUUGCAAAUAUGUAUGCAGCUGCUGGUUCUUGGAGCAAGCUUGCUGAAGUGAGGACUAUCAUGAGGGACUUGGGUGUGAAAAAAGAUCCUGGGUGUGCUUGGAUCAAUACAGAUUCUGGGUUUUCACUGUUUUCGGUGGGGGACACAUCAUCAAACCCUCAAGCAUCUGAUACUUAUCCUCUGUUAGAUGGACUGAAUCAGCUGAUGAAAGACAGUACUGGUUAUGCCAUCAAUGAGAAGCAAAUUUCAGAUGAAGAACUUCUUCAAGAAAUAGGAUGAAGGUGACCCUUGUCGAUCUUAUCAUCUUUCUUAUCUGAUCUGAGGAUGAUCAACUGGGG